UUUGAAGGAAUUUAUACUCCCUCCGAGUAUUUUCUGUUUAUAAUAUUAUAUGUGAAGUUAAAUGGAUAUUUGGUGAAUAAAAACUUUACCCUAGAAUACAGUUACACCGGAAGAAACGUCCACUAUACUUGAAAUUGUGAUGAACGACCAGAAAAUGAAGUUUCAGUGAAUUGUUUUGGUACUCAUUCAACUAUAUUGAUUUAUCUCGUAUGCCAGUGACCUCUUUUUCAGAUUUGUAACGUGUUACUCGUAAAUAAUUAAUUUCCUCAUUUAGGAGGAAUUACACUGAUGAUGUAGAUAAGUGCGUGUUAAUUGUGGGACACAGAGAGAUGUGCGGCUAAUGAGUUUUUGCUAAUUAAGUGGACAGCAGUGGAGUGCAGUGUGUUCGUUAUGAUCUGCUUAUUAUUUACAAAAUGAUGACGCCGCUAGAGGAAAAGAAAGAUGAAAAGAUCCGCAUGGGCAUGGUGCAGGUGUCGGACGGCAAGUCACGGCCGCGGCCAGCGCGCCUCGUGCUCACCAUGGAGGCCAUCACGGUGCAGCGGGAGGUGCUGGUGCCGCCGCCCGCACCGCGGGACAAGAGUGUGCCACAUGCUCGGGAGCGUAUGGUGCAACUAACGCGGCAGAAGGUGGGCGGGCUGGGGCUCAGCAUCAAGGGCGGCGCGGAGCACAAGCUGCCCAUCCUCAUCUCCAAGAUCUACAAGGACCAGGCGGCCGACCACACCGGGCAGCUGUUCGUCGGAGACGCUGUCAUCAAAGUGAAUGGCGAGUACAUCACGGCGUGCAACCACGACGACGCAGUGAAUAUCCUGCGCAACGCCGGCGAUAUCGUCGUGCUCACUGUGAAGCAUUAUCGCGCUGCUACGCCGUUUUUGCAGAAACAAGCGGACGCGUCGGACACGGACAGCAGCACGGGCGACGAGCACCCCUCGCUGCACGGCAAGCUGGACGCCAACUGCAACUCGGAGAAGGACACCAAUGGCGGCUGGCAGACAGCAGCAUGGCCGGACCUAGAGUCGAGCCGGCCCGGCAGCGCGUGCGGCUCGCGGGGCUCCCGGCCCGCCUCCGUCGCCUCCGUCGCGUCAGACAAGGCCGAGGGGACGAGGGAGUGGCAGGAGGUCGUGUCUGUACCACUGAUGAUGGGCUACGUUACGCGUUACGUUUUAGGAACGGAUAAAUUACGCCCCGGUGCAUUGGAGGUCCGUGGCGCGCGACCGCACAUGACGACAGGGGUGAUCCACGUGGAGGACCCGGCCGCGUUGUCGCAGUGGCUCAAGAGCAUCUCCGACAACAUCGUCGGACUCACCAACUUGCAGAUGAAGCUGCUAAACCGGCACUUCGCGGCGGGCGCCCGGCUCGAGUACAUGGGCUGGGUGCAGGAGGGCGAGGUCUCCGCGCCGCCGCAGUGGCAGCGCUACUCGCCGCGCUUCCUCGUGCUCAAGGGCACGGACCUGCUGCUGUUCGAUGUGCCCCCGAUGAACGUGAGCGAGCUGGCCAAGUGUCCGGAAAGCCUCAAAGUGUACCAGACCAUGUUCCGCACAGUGAAGGAGAGCGAGACCGUGGACUGGAGGCAGCACUGCUUCCUACUGCAGGCCAGCGAGCCGGGGCCCAAGCACGGACCCAGAUACUUCAGCGCGGAGACGCGGCAGGAGCUGCUGCGGCUGGAGGCGGCGUGGACCGCCAACGUCGUCAACUCCGUCAUACGGCUUGGGAAGAAGACAUUCACGGUGGUCCACGGCGGGAGGGCGGCCGGGCUCACGCUGGAUUGGAGCGCCGGGUUCUCGCUCACUGAGGGGGGCAGCACCACGCCCGUGUGGGCCUUCCGGUUUUCCCAACUGCGCGGGUCGAGCGACGACGGCAAGUCCAAGUUGAAGCUGCACUUCCAAGACCCCGAGACUAGAGUCAUCGAGACCAAGGAGCUGGAGUGCCAAAUACUGCAGAGUCUUCUCUUCUGUAUGCACGCCUUCCUCACGGCCAAGGUGGCGUCCGUGGACCCCGCUUUCCUCGCCUCCAUCCAGCAGGCGAAUUAACACCCUCUCACCUGAGGCGUAAGGGUUAGUAUCCAACGAGGAUAUAUUGUACUGAAACAUUAACGAAUGAAUAUAGACUGUUUGUUGGCGCAUUAAGGCCUAAUGUUGUUUGAGCCGUGUUGUCGCGGGGCCAGGAAAAACCUAUGCGUAUUGGCCUACGAAAGAUGACGAUCAAAUUCGGAGCUUAUAAUGUUGAUUGUAAGUUCUGUUUUCGUUUGACGGUUGUAAGUACUUGGGUACUACUUGUUUUAAAACGAUUUCAGUUGUUUUGUAGGAACAACUAGUAUAAAAACGUUGUUUUGAACUCAAAUUUGUUAAAAUAUUAAUGAUUAAGAUUUUUACCGCCUUGAAAUCUUUAUAUUAUAUUAUGUUAUUGUUCUCUGUGAAACAUUAUAUGAGUUAGUUUUAAUAUCUAGUGCUAGGCGCGUUUCAAAAGUGCUUCUUCUAUUUAGCUUAGCCUAAAAACGUUAUACGUUUAUUUAUCUACUUCGAAUUCUUACUAAUGUUUCUUAGGCCUGAACUAACAGCGAAUUUUCAACUAGUUAAAUAAUCUCAGAAAUUCUAUUUUUAUUCCUUACGUAGUCUUCCUAUAAAUCAAAUCAAUCAAUUAUUUAUUUAAAAUCUGUUUCAAAUUGAAAGCCAAAAGAGUCUAUAUUGAUAUAACUAAAUAAAAGAGGCUAAAAGUUACUUAAAUAUUACAAUAUUUGCAUUUAUGUUGACUCUUUAUGCUUUAAGGUGGUUUUAUUUUUGACUGAAUCGAAUCUCGUUUAAUGCUACAGUCUAAAAUUAAGACUAUUUUAACGACCAGGAUAUAAUAGGUAAUAUUAGGUGCGGUUGGUCCCACCACUAGUGUCUUUAGUAAAAUUACUGUUCCAUAAUUCUGUUGAAAUUGCUAGUCAGUUCCGAACCGAGGAUUCUAUUGUUAUGAUUAUUUUCUUAUAAAUGACAGGCAUACAAUAUUUUAUGUGUUAUAAGCCUAUUCAAAAUAAUUUUUUUUACGAUUUCUUAUCUGUUUGUGGCGCCAUCUACAGACAACUUUCUCUUUAACUUAAUUUCUUCCUACUCUCUUUAACUAGUGGUGAGACCAACCUUCUAGCUCUCUCCAUUCUUCUUUACAUCUAUUUUUAACUCUAAGCUUUAAAUUGACUAUAUUUUUGUCUUAAGAAGUGGUACAAUAUGUCCUACAAUGCAUCACCAGUUUACUAUACUCCACUAUAGUACCCAUCUCUCAAACAAACCAAAGAACCUAAUUUUUAAUACUCAUUUAGUGUACAACAGGUCAACUCAUUGCAGUGUGUCUGGUUCUGAAGCUUACAGUUUGAGCUGUAAAAGCUUACAUUUCUGUAAUGUAAACUGAAAUUAAUGUUCAUCUUGCAUUCAUAUUCAUAUUAUUAUUCAGUAAUUAUUUUAAUUACAUAGAGUUCGCUGAGGCUCACGAUUCUUGUAGCUGCAAAUUGGCAAAUAAGGCCAGGCAAUAGUCGUAGAAAUUAUGUUUU